AUGGCCAAGGCGGUGGAGCCCCCGCCGAGGCCCCGGCGAGACGUCGCGGACAGGGCGGGCACCCUCCAAGGGCAGCUUCGCGCGCUCGCGAGACAAACCUUGACGCACUCGAGAUCGUCGACGUCGGCGUCGGGAGGCUGCGGCGAGGCCGCUGAGGUUGACGCGACGAGGGUGACGAGGCUGCAGAGAAGAGCGCUGGAGGUGCUCCUGCGCAUGGACAAAGACGUGGAGGUGAAGGAGCCGUCGUCCGCGGAGGAGCGAGCCGAGGCCAACUCGCUGCGCCUGGGCGCCGCGCUGCUGAGGAUGCGCGGAAAGGGCCACGGGGACGCGGCCGACCUGCUCGAGGGCCUCCACGACGCGUUCACGCGCAGAAGAUCCGCGUACCUCCCGCGCGUCCCCUUCGCGGUCGGAGCGGGCGGCCCGCAUCCCGCGCCCAACUCCGACCGACACGAUCGCGACGGAUCGCAGUGCCCGAGCGGCUUCUUCGUCUUCGACGACGGCGACGGCGACGACCGCGGAGCCCCCGCCUCGAACGACGCCGCGUCCACGAUCGUCGAGCACGCGUCCGUCGUGUCGCUGCUCCUCGAGCUGGCCGGGACCGGCGGGACCGGCGAAGCCGUCGACGCGGCGACGAGCGCCUUCGCGCAUCUGGCGGCGACAAAGCUGGCGGCGGAUUCGUCGCGAGGAAUUUUAUCCGACGACGGCGGACUCCGGUCCGCCCUCGACGAACCGGACGUGCGCACGGCCGCGGCGGCGCGCGCGGCGAGGGCGGGCGACUGGCUGAGACUCGCCCCCGCGUCGGAGCUCGAGGCGACGCCGUCGCUGUCCUUCGUGUCGACGCGCCCCUCGGGUUCCACGGGCGCCUCAAAGGCUCAAAGGGACUCGGCGUCUCAAAGGGACUCGGCGUUUGACUUGGCGGAGAUGUCCCGCGCGCUCGAGGCUACGCCCGGCGUCGGGGCGCUCUCGUUCGGCGGCGGGGCCGGGGCCGGGUUCGGGGAUCCGUUCUCGUUCGCGUCGCGGCCGGAUCGGUCGCUCUUUGAUCGGUCGCUCUUUGGGGGGGGCGGGGGCGGCGCGGCGCUCGCGCUCCCGCCGUGGGGCGAGGGCGGCAUGCUGGACCCGGCGGACGAGCCGAGGACGACGUCGACGUCGUCGGCGACGACUGGACCUCGGAGCCCGAUCGAUGCCGACGUGGGCGUGGAUGCUGACGUGGAUUCCGAGGUGGCUGAGGGGCUGGGCGACGAAAACGACGACCCGAACCGCGCGUGGCUCGCGGCGGCUGAGGACGGCGAGCGGGGCGAGGAGGUUCUCGGGUGGGAUCUCCUACCGGAGGCCAGGCCCGCGUGCGGCGCGUUCAUGAGCCGACCGCCGGACGCCUUCGGCCGCGCGUACGACCGACACUUGCGACCGACGAGGACCAUGUUCGGCGAAGCCAAACCCGCGGUGGCGGCGGAGGAGGAGGUUGUGCACGCGGCUCGACGGGCGCUCGCGGGGGGACGCGCGGCGGCGGAGGCGCUCGACCCCGAACGGUCAAAGCGAGCGCCGCUGAGGUUGCCGGCGGCGGGCGUCGGGGUCGUCGCCGCGACGCUCGGGCCGCUGGCCGACGCGGCGACGAUGAGGGCGGAGCUCGAAUCCUUCCUGGCGCGGCGCUCCGGGUUUGGCGGCCACGGCGAGUGCACCGGGGGGGGACUCGCGCUUCAGGCGGCGUCCGAGGCUGUCCGGGGUGUGCUUAGAAGUCAGGCGGCCGCGAUACACGCGCUCCCGGCGGCGGCGGCGGCGCGUCGAGCCGCCGAGCGCGCAGCCGGCGCGCCGCUAUCCGCCCCGUACCGCCGCGACGAGAAGGAAGAGACGGGCGACGACUCGUCCGGCGUCACGCUUCUCGAGGCUGUCGCGCACACCCGGCGGCUCAGAUCGCAGCUCGCACAGCUCCACCGCCUGUGCCUUCACCCGAAGGAGCCCGCGCACGGCGUGGAGAUCAUCGCGAGGCUCGUCGACGCGCUCUCCGGCUCUCGUGGCGUCGACCCCUCGGCUCGGCCGUUGCUUCGGUACCUCGCCGCGGCGGUGGCGAGGCCCCUGCUGACGCAGCUGCAGUGCUGGCUGCACCGCGCGGUGGUGGACGACCCUCACGGCGAGUUUAUCGUGUGCACCGCGUCGGGUUGGGGAUCCGCGGCGGCUGGUCUGGAGUACUCACCGGCGGAGGCUGGAGUCAUGGAAUGGAGCGAGGCGGAGUCGUCCGGCGCGGCGCGGGCUCGGCUCGAGGAGGAGGAUGAGGAAACCGACGGGCCGGUGGACCCGGCGAGGCUACCCCCGUGGGAGGGCGGUCCGCCCGGCCGCGCAGGCGCGGGGCACGGCGCGGCUGAGGCUGCGUGGCUCCGAGAUGACGACUCGCGGCUGUCCACCCCGCACCCCUUGCUCGGCGGUUUGGAGCGAAAGGUUUUGGCCACCGGCGUCCAGCUCAGGGUGCUGCAGCGCCUCCCGCAGACCCAGGCGUUCGCCGCGCGCAUGUCCGCGUCGGUGGACGAUCACGGCGCUCAAUCCCUGGCGUUCACGGCGGCUGAACUCGCGGCGCACUCGUCGCGCCGGGGUAAGACGACCCGGUCCCUCAGAGCCGCCGCGGAGGAGUGCCUAUCGGCGAUGGCCGCGACGCGCGACGCGGCGGCGGCGCGAAUCGAGGCGGCUCGGCGGGCGCGCAGGGCCGCGGCGAUCGCCAGGAAGCUCGAGCGGGAGUCCGCGGUGGCCGAGGCGCGCGAGGAGCUCCUGAGCGGCUUCGCCGAUCGCAUGGCGGAGCUGGUGGCGCGGCACGAGCGGCUCCGAUGGCAACGGAAGAGGCGGGCCCUGGGCGAGCGGCGCGCCGAGGAGCUGGAGUCGCGAACGAAACGCGACGAGCGGAUGGUCCGGGAGGAACUCGCCAAGGAACUCGCCGCGAGGCGCGGGGGCGAGGAGGGCGUCGCCUCCAAAGAGCCGAACCCGGACCCGAAAGAGCCGAACCUGGACACGUCCAUCGCGUCCACCGACGGCGGCUUUGAGCGGUACGACUCCCCCGCCGCUCGACGAGCCGCGCUCGACGCCGGCGACGCCGGUAGCACGCCGGGGACGGGCGCGACGAACUACUUCGACGACGUGGCGGACGAAUCUUUCGUCACCGCCGCGUCGGAUUCGUCCCCGGUGCGUAACCUCGCGGCGGAUCUGACGGGCGUAAACCUGGACGACGCCGCAAACGUCGAAGAAGAACCCAUCGCCGUCGACGAACCAAAAAAGGCAAAAGACACCGGCGGCACGUCGCUCGAACCCUCGACAUUUGGUUCGACGCGCGACGACGGUCUCGAGGUUCCCUUGCCCGUGGUGCUGCGCGAGUGCGUCGAGGCUGUCGUCACGGACCGCCACGACGUCGUGUCUCGCCUCGUCGUCGCCGCGAUGCUGGACCACCUCGGCGUGGAGGCGCAUCUCGGGGCUGUGCGCAGGUACGUCCUGUGCGGCGCCGGGGACUUCGCGACCGCGCUCGUGCAGGGCCUCGAAGCGGCGUCGAGCUCGUCCGCGGCGCUCGCGGCGCGCGCGAGGGCGAGCAGGAUGGGCGUGGCUGGCUACGGCGGGGGCGUGGGCGCCGGGGAACUUCGCGCCGUGCUCGACGUCGCCGUGAGGGAGACGAGCGUGUUUGGCGAUCCACUCGCGCAACGCUUCGAGCUCGCGCCCGCGAAUCCCCCAAAUCCCGACGCGGUGUUCAGCGAACACAGCCUGGGCAUGGUGGACUUUGUGCGAGGCUCGUAUCGCCUCGAGUGGCCCGUCGCGCUGCUCCUCCCGGACGUCGCUCGGACCCGGCUCGCCGCCGCGCAGCGCUCGAUGCUCCGCGUCAGGCACGCGCGGCUCGCCCUGCAGGAGGCGCACGAUCGCGUGCACGAGGCUGGUCACGUCGAUGCGUCAUCGCUCGCGACGCGCGAAGGGGGCGAACGCGGUCGCGCGGGUCGCGCGCUCGCGCUCCGGCGCCUCCGAAGGCUCUCCCUCCUCUCGUCCGAAUUUCGCCAUUUCGCGAGCGCCGUCGAGUCGCAGGUGGGCGGCGCGGUGCACGGCGCCGCGCCGGCUGCGCUCCACGCCGCCCUUCGCAGAGCCGGAACGCGCGAACCGAAACCCUCGGACCUGUACCAACUCAGAGACGCCAUCGUGGCCUUCGCCACGGACGCCCACGACGCGUGCUUACUCUCCGCCAGGGACGCCCAACUGCGAAGAUCCGUCGACGAAGCGCUCCAACUCGCUCUCGAUUUUCGCGCCGCGAUGCGAAGGUCACCGCCGGAUCGCUUACUCUCCGACGGUGGCGUGUACGCGGCGGUGCAGGCGAUCCACGCGAGGUUCAAGGCGACCACGGGUGCGCUGUGCGGGCGGCUGAGGGAGGCGGCGGCGGAUCCGGGCGGCGCGCUCGGCGGGGUAUCGCCGGGGCGCGCGUCGGCGUUGCUCGCGCGGCUCGACUUUAACGGGUUUUACCUCGGCGACGUUUGA